CGCGCUCCGCCCGAGACCGCCUCCCGGGCGCCGGAUACAGCGCACUGGGCAUGCGGGGCGGACGGGCCCAUUCCGGAGGGCGGGCAGGCCCCGCGGAGAGCCGUAUGGAUAGAAAGCAAGAGCGCCCCGCCCUAUCCUCCCGUGCGGUUGGUAGCGCCCUGUGCGAAGGGGUAGCGGCGGAGCGGUGCGGCGGCGCUGGGCUGGCGGCUCUGCCCUGCGCCAUGAGGCACCUGCCGUACUUCUGCCGCGGGGAGGUGGUGAAGGGCUUCGGCAGAGGCUCCAAGGAGUUGGGCAUCCCCACCGCUAACUUUUCUGAGCAAGUGGUUGAAAGCUUUCCACCUGAUAUCUCUACUGGUAUAUACUAUGGAUGGGCCUGUGUUGGAAAUGGAGAUGUACAUAAAAUGGUUUUGAGCAUAGGAUGGAACCCUUUCUACAGGAAUACUAAGAAAUCAGUGGAAACACAUAUUAUCCACACCUUCAAGGAAGACUUUUAUGGAGAAAUUCUUAGUAUAGUCAUAGUUGGAUAUAUUCGACCGGAAAAAAACUUUGAUUCCUUAGAGGCGCUCAUUUCAGCAAUUCAGGAAGACAUUGAAGAAGCAAAAAGACAGCUAGAUUUAGCAGAACAUCUUAAACUCAAAGAAGAUAACUUCUUUCAUCUGCCAGAAGGCAAAAUAGUAAACAACCACUGAGAAAACCAAUACAGUUUUUUAUUUGUUUGUUUGUUUGAACUUCUUUUUCUUAUUUUCUUUCCCUGUCAUGGAGCCUUUACAUUUGCACUGCUUUCAUAGGUGCUUUUUUGUCAUAUGUCUGUUAGGUAACUGAGAUUAAAACCAAUCAUAUAAGAUGAUUUCAGUUUUCUUUGGUUAAUUCAACAUUCACCCAGUCAUGCAAAAGGACUAGAAGGCUGUAAUAGGUCCUUACAGAUAAAUUCUGUAUCCUAAAGUUGCCAGUUGUUCAGAAAGUGGAGUAUAUUCAGAACAUGACCAAAGUUAAUUGUAAACCUAGGGUAUGGAUAGUUCAGUUAAUGAAGAAUGUCUGUUUUUAACAUAGAGAAUGUUAUUCCAGCUUCUUCUCUGUUUUAUGUCAUUUUUAGAUCUGGAUUUUAGCUUAGGAAAUUUUGCUGUUGAUUGAGUCAGAAAUUUCCUGUGGUUAGAUAUGAUCAGGUAACAAUAGCAAGAUUAAUUCUCUAUAGGUCUUAUUUUUUAUAUACUACAUUGCUGUCAUAGUUUAAGCUCUUACUUUAAUUGAAAUUAUUUAUUUUAAGUUUAUUUGAAAUGGAGGAAAUCACUGUUGCUCAUUAUGUUACUGGAAUCUGAGCUGUACUUUUUCAUAGUUGCUUGUACAUAUGAUAGCACAUGACCUGUGUAGUUUACUUCUGGGGGGUGUUUCACUUAAUUUCAGGAAAUGAAUGUGAAAGUCGAUAAACUGUAAAAAAGUUCAGGGGCAAAAGAUGCAGGAACAAUAUAACAAGAUUUCUGCUCAUUGGGCCUUAAGGGAAAAUAGGUAGUGAGAGGCAAAUCUGCAUUUUAUAUGCUGCUGGUAUUUGUUAUGAGAAAAUGGGGAAAAUCUUGAGGUCUUUCUCUGCACUGUCAAUAAAAUGGUCUGACUUCAA